AUGAUUAAGUGUUGGAACCAACGCGAUCGCACCAAAUUUGGGACCAAUUUCAGCUCAGUGCUUUCAGGAGGAGCACUUGAUGUUUACCUGCGGCGAAAAAGUGCUAAAAUCACUAAAUUAGAAAGACUAUCCAUGGCAGACGAUGUGGCACAAGGAAUGGAAUACAUUCACAAAUCAAAUGUCAUCCACAGAGAUCUUGCAGCUAGAAACUGUCUAUACGAUAGAAACAACACGGUAGGCCUCAAAAAAGAAUAUGUAGAAAGCUUAAAGGCUUCAUAA